UUAUGCAGGCGCUAGCGUGACCGUCAAGUGUCAAAUCGUCUUUUUGUUUUAAUUACAUUGAGUAUUCGUUGAAUCGUAAAACUCUUGUGUUGAAAUGCAUUUGCUGUCCUAGAUUCGUAAAAAUAUAGUGGAACCUCGCUAACUUUAACCUCGAUAAAUAAAAAUCCUCGUUAACACGAAAUAAAAUGCUAUCCUUUUCCCUUCGAAGCCCAAUACCUCCGUAACUCGAAAUAUUUAACCUCAUAACCCUUUUCCAGGCAUAGUACGAUUUAUCAACCACAUACGCGCCAUUAGAAUUUCAACUUUAGCAUUCCGAUUUAAGGUUCAAAUUAGAUUGCACUUUCAGGAAAUGUUACUUGUCUUCAAAUGGAUCAUCAAAGCUGGACAAUUGGAAUAUAUUUGGCUUUUUUGGGAAAACCUUGUAUAUUGGUGCGGCCUGGAAAAGGGUCAAAACGAAGUUACCAACGAUUCCCUUCAUGGAUAGUCAGUACAAAUUUUACCUCCUUCCUCGGGUUGUCCUGGCAUUUUGCCACGGCUCAUGGGAGCCUGGGGUCCGCUUGACAAAUCAUCCCAAGAUUUGACGUAGGUUUUGCGAAAGUGAUUAGUUUUUACCUCCAUAACUCGAAAUAUAAAAUUUGACCUCUGUAACUCGAAAAAUAGAUUUAUUCUUUUAUCACCUCUAUAUCUCGAAAUUAUUAAAUUUAUGAACAAAACUAACUUGAAGAAAAUAAUAAGAACGUACUUUACGCGUCUGCAUUAUUACUCCUCUAAUACGAAAUUUUUAUUCCUUUUUUUACCUCUGUAACUCGAAAUCUUUUUAAGACAAAAAAGCCUAUAAUUAACCUCUCUAAGUCGAUACUCUCUAUAAGAUGAAAACUCGUAAACACGAACUUUUUGGAGUUGGCAGAUUCGUCCUAUCUAGGUUUCACUGUAUUCUCAAUCAUAAUAAGUAAAUCGGCAAAAGUGGCCGCCAUUUCAAACUUUUACCUCACCGAACCGAUUAUAUUUCAGUCUGAAGAAGCUCCUCGCCUCAGAAUCUCCAAAACUCAUGAUGGCUCUGAUCGUGGCCGUUGGUACCCUCUCUUUGAUCCUGGUGCUGAAGUGCAUCUGCUCUCCUUCAUUGAUAACUGAUCUGACAGAGACUAGAGAGAGACGGAGCAACGAUGCUGUCAAUGCCAACGAGAGGUAUAUCAUCAUUAUUAUUUGUAUGUUAACUUUGUAUGUUUUUUUUAGUUAGUUUGUAUGUUAACGGCACCAAUCAUGGAACAUUUAAGAGAAAAUUUGGAGUAUUUCUAAUAUUUCACCGACAUCUGUAAAAUUUCUACGGCUUUAUGCUUUAAAAGUUGAAUGUCCAAUUUGUCCUUUAUGUUUUCUAUGUAUUUAAUGAAAGCUACUGCAAUUGUUUUCAAUAUUAUUAACCAAUUAAAACUAUGGUUUUUUGCUCCAGUCAUGGGAUGUAUGGCGCCAUUAAUUUUCAAACUAACAAAUAUCAAUGAAAAAUUUAACUUAAGCAACUCUUUGACUCUUGUUUAUGGUUAAAUGUUGCCAGCGAUUGAAAACUGACGGUAAAUACUUGUUUUACAGGAUUUGUCUAUACCAUCCCAUUACUGAUGCCUGUUCCAUUAUAGGGGUGUUUACUAAUGUUACUAUAUAUGGCAUUAUCUAUGAAAAGGGACCUUAUUGUCGAUGGCGCUUACGCCGCACUGCGUCGCGCAGCGUUGUAUUUGUAUCGGAGCAUCGUUUAUGACGUUGGAAGCGCCAUCGACAAUAAGGUCCCUUUUCAUAGAUAACGUCACAUAUGACAUUUUAGUCUCUAAAAGCGGGCAAGAAUAGGAAGCGUGCAUGAACUGUAGGAGGCAGCACAGGACCCGUCAGAUUUUUGGCGCGAGGCGUAAAUGUGAUGUUUAUUGUUCCGAUGUAGCCCACAAGAUGGCAGCACUUACUAUGCACAAGAAAACACGUGACGUUUAAAUGUACAUGUUUAUGGUUCCGAUUCAGGCCACAAGAUGGCAGACCCUCCAACGCGCACGGUCCCUAUACACCUUUAAAAUCUGUUGGAUUAUUUGAGUCCACGGUGUAUAUUUCGUGGUGUUAUAUCGCAUUAGUGGACUAUUAAGAGUAAACAUGCGUGUUUACUCUAUGGUAUGACAAAUUCUGUGUUCUUUUUACAGAAAACCUUGGGAAGCAUCUAAAUCGAAGCUGAUGAGUGAGUUCUCCGAGCUGACAGGGAAAGAUACCAGACAAAGCAACUUACACAGUGGGGAUGCAGAUUAUGCUGAAUACAUGUCACCCGAUUUGUCAAGCAUUCUUGAUCCUAUCAAGGUUAACGAGGGCUACAGCAGCAAUAAUUUGAGAGAUUUUUACAGGAAACUGUUAAAAACCGACAUACAAAUCAAGAAUCUCAAGAAAGGCUUCGCAAAUACCAAGCGAGGCAACAUCGAUUUCACUGACCCCAACGCAAGACUGAAGAGAUCCCUUAAAAUUUUCGCAGGCCCUAAAAGACAUACUGAGACCCUUUCAAAUAAAGGAAAUGUUAAUAAAUACUAUGGACUGAGUGAUGAUUUGAAAAUUGCGAAGGAUAUUUUAAAGAAUAAAGAAGAUUCUGCAGUUGGAUCUAAUGAUUUGGAGAAAGAAAAAGUAAGUUAUAAAGAACUAGAUACUCUAUUAUAAAGACGAAAGUAAAUCUAUCUGUAACCUGUUAACACUCAAAGAAUAGGUGCUCUUAUCGCUAUAAAGCGAUCUCUUCCAGACAACCCUUGGGUAGCAAAAAAUAAAGAACUUAUAUCAAAAGUCUAUAGAUAGUGCAAGGAGCUAAAAAUGGAGAUUAUAAUCACACAGCACAUAGUUUAAUACAAAUACAUACAAAUAAAUAAAAUAAAAUUUUAUGUAUUUACAAUGUAGAGACAGAUAAUAAAG